CUCUUCGCGCAAUGUUGUAAAGUCUGUCAGUGAAAGGAAAAUCUGAAUAAACUCUGGUGAGGUAGGCAUGACUUACUUUUUCACAUCAACAUCAUGUGAUCCGGACGGUGGGAGAAAUGGCCAUUAUAGGGGCGGAGCUAAACCUUUGGGCCCCUUUUUUGAGGUGGCCGCUUGUCGGGACCAUCUGUGUAAGGUCGAGACUUACUUUGUCAGGAACAGCAGGACGUUUUUGAGACCUGCAGCUUUUUCAGCACUAUGGGCAUUUGUAAGUUCAUUUGUGCGGUCAUCACCAGAGCUCUGUUCAUUCUGGUUUCUCUGGUCGGGGUCUUUAGGGUGACAUCUGUGAAAAAUGACCGCAACUACUGGUUCCUGACUUUCCUCUUUUUGCCGCUGGUCACUGAAAUGAUAAUAACUCUGAAGAGGCGAAAGGGAAAAGAUUACAAAUGGUUCUCUCCUCCUAUCUUUCUGUUUCUCAUCAGUAUCAUUCCCUCAAUCUGGAUCCUUGAGCUCCACCAUCAAGAGAACAAAUCCAGCAACCCCAAGUGCAGUAAGCUUGACUCCUGGGAGAGUUUGCGGAAAGUGGUGACCUCGAAUGAGACUUCAAGAAACGGCACUUCCCAGUUUGAUGCUAAUCUAGAGAACCUUAAGGCGGUGUUGGCAAGUGUGUGUUCCAAUGACUGGAUCCUGGCUCUUCAUCAGAUCUUACUUAUCCUCCUCAUCGUAGGGAAGUGGCUUCUUCCUCUUGGAGGCGGGGUCACAAGAGACGAGUUAUCGCAACUUCUUCUGAUUUUUGUCGGCACAGCGGCAGACAUCCUUGAAUUUACCAAUGAAACGCUGUCAGAUGUCAAGGAAAACAGUCCUGAGUUAGUUUACAUCAUCCUCGGUGUGUGGACCUGGAGCAUGCUGCAGUUCCCCUUACAUUUGGCGGUGGUGAACUCAAAGCGAGAUAGCCAGGGGGAUUUGAGCACCGAUGAAGAUUUUCUGCUGAGGAGAAACAGCACAGACAUUUGGAACAUCAUGGAGGCCCUGUUUAUCCAGGAUGGCCCUUUUCUGGUGGUUAGGCUCACCGUCAUGAUCCUCUUUGAAACCAUCCACCAGAUGCUUGUUUUCUUUGCCAUUAAGAAUUCUUUGGUUGUUAUAUUGAACCUGUACAGGUUGUUUGUCAUAUGCCAUGAUUACAGAGCCUCGCGGCGUAGGCCGGGGGACAGCGUUGAUGCCCCAUGAGUUGGAUGAGGUACUGGGUAUUCCCAGAGACCCCAAGUAAAGCAAAAACUAAAUGGGGUUUUACACAAAUCAUUUUUCAGCAGAAGAGAAACAAGAAUGGUGUCCUUCUGAUAUUCUGAAGAAGAUACUUUUUUUAAUAACAUUAAACAGGAAAAUUGAUUAAACACCAUCUACUAUGAUCAUAUCAUAAGUAGCAGUGGUUUUUAGAGUUAGUGGGUUUACAUAAUUGACUAAAAAUGCAGCAAGAUCCAAACAGAGGACGCUGCAAAAAGAGGAAGCAAGGAACAACAGGAAAAAUGUGACUUUACAGACGGCUUAGAGCGUUCCUGUUGCUAUCUCAGGAAACCUUUUGUUUAAAAAAAUAUCCUGAGAAGGCCACAUUAGAACUAAUGUCCAUUCAUAUUACUGUCAGCAGAAUUCUUUGCUAUCAAGGCGGUCCAAAAGCAAAGUGUAAGAGCUCACAGUAAGGGACCGUUUUGUGGAAAUUAGAUAUAGAUCGACCACAUUCCUUUGCUUGUGGUGCUUGGCAGACAUCAAACUCAGGCGGCAUUAACAGGAAAUGUGGUUGACAAACAUAAAGAAGAUGCACGGCAGCUGUAGAUUCUAGACAGAACCAGCAAAACCAGGAAAGCUACUCUGCUUUUUUUGGACACCAACCAAAGAGACAAAAUCCCAAUGAAGCACAAGAUUUUUUAUUUGUCAUUGUAAGUCUUAAACCAUUUGAAGAAAAGGUUAUCCUUGUAUUUAGAAUAAAUGCAUCUACACUGUGUCUUUAAAUUAUUAAUACAUUUUCUUAGGUCUUAAAAGAAAUCUUGAAAAAAAGAAGGAUGUGUUUUGCACUCAUAAAAAUGUUUUAUUUUGAUUGUAUGCAUGGAUACCUGUAUUGUUAUGUUACUUCAUUAAUUAACAUAUCCCUGAAGAAACUAAACACAACACAAACUGUACUCAGGUUUAAGCUUUGUCUGAGAAAUCUGUGUGAAUCUUUAAAUCUUUGACUUGAAGGGUAUUAAGAAAACAUUAAAUGAGUAAACACCCAGGUUUAUAUUUGGAAGUCAAUUUUAGCUUUCAUUUAAUGAUGUUAUAACUUUAUCAGUAUGAUUUUUGUAUUUUUAAUUCUUAUUGUUUACUUCAAACAACAUAUAUUUUUCUGUUUUUCCGAUUAUUUUUUUAAUUCAGAGCCAUGAAAUGACUUUUACAGACCAUGACUUUGGUGCUUCACCACAGAUGUUUGUUGGAAUUUCCUGUGUUGUUUUGCUGUGGCGCCUAUUUAUUAAACAUGCAUCACUGCAAAUGUUCGAAGGAAAUCUGAAUUCAGCAUCUCGAUGCUUUUUUUUGUAACGUUUACCUAUAUAUGCAUAUUAAAGGACGCAUGGACAUUUA